GCAAAGGAUGUACCAGUAUUUGAGAUGAAAUAAGAGAGCUGGGGGGGCCGGGAGCACGGGACGAUGCUGCUGAAAGGAAUGUGAGCCACGGAGCAUGUUUGGUGCCACAGUUACCCAGGUGCUGAAUGCUGCCUGCAAACUGCUUUGUCCAUGAGGGGAGAAACUGAGUGGGAAUUGAGAGCACGAAGGAGCCCGUAACACACUUCCAACAUGCGCAAAGGGGUGCCAAAGGACCCAGAAAUAGCUGACCUGUUCUACAAAGAUGACCCGGAGGAAAUAUUCGUGGGUCUGCACGAAAUCGGACAUGGAAGUUUUGGAGCAGUUUACUUUGCUACAAAUUCCCACACUAAUGAGGUGGUGGCAGUCAAGAAGAUGUCCUAUAGUGGAAAGCAAACGAAUGAGAAAUGGCAGGAUAUCAUCAAAGAAGUCAAGUUUCUGCAACAGCUGAAGCACCCCAACACCAUAGAGUACAAGGGCUGUUAUCUGAAAGAGCACACGGCAUGGUUGGUUAUGGAGUACUGUUUAGGAUCAGCUUCUGAUUUGCUAGAGGUUCACAAGAAGCCACUUCAGGAAGUGGAGAUUGCUGCCAUCACCCAUGGUGCCUUGCAGGGGCUGGCCUACCUGCACUCUCACUGUAAGAUCCACAGGGAUAUUAAAGCUGGAAAUAUUCUCCUAACAGAACCAGGUCAAGUGAAACUCGCUGAUUUUGGGUCUGCAUCUAUAGUCUCCCCUGCCAACUCUUUUGUGGGAACGCCUUACUGGAUGGCACCAGAGGUGAUCCUUGCUAUGGACGAGGGGCAGUACGAUGGGAAGGUGGAUGUCUGGUCCCUUGGAAUCACGUGUAUCGAGUUAGCUGAGAGGAAGCCUCCACUUUUCAACAUGAAUGCAAUGAGUGCCUUAUAUCACAUAGCCCAGAACGAUUCCCCUACGUUACAAUCAAAUGAAUGGACAGACUCCUUUAGGGGAUUUGUUGAUUACUGCUUACAGAAAAUACCUCAGGAAAGGCCAUCAUCAACAGAUUUGUUACGGCACGACUUUGUCCGCCGAGACCGACCCCCCCGGGUGCUCAUAGACCUCAUCCAAAGGACAAAGGAUGCAGUGAGGGAGCUGGAUAACCUGCAGUACCGGAAAAUGAAGAAAAUCCUCUUCCAGGAGACACGGAAUGGCCCUCUGAACGAGUCUCAGGAGGAGGAGGAGGACAGUGAGCAUGGAUCAAACCUGAGUAGGAAGAUGGACAGUCUGGGCAGCAACCAUUCCAUCCCCAGCAUGUCUGUGAGCACGGGCAGCCAGAGCAGCAGUGUGAGCAGCAUGCAGGAGGUCCUGGAUGAGAGCAGCCCUGAGCUGGUCAUGAUGCAUAGUGACGAGAGCACCCUUAAUUCCAGUUCCUCCGUUGUUCACAAGAAGGAUCAUGUAUUUAUAAGGGAUGAGGUGGGCCACAGGGAUCGCAGGCCUGAGGUGCGGCCUACCCAGUCAGUGCAGAAUCAGGCCCUCCACUACCGGAACCGAGAGCGCUUUGCCACAAUCAAAUCAGCAUCUUUGGUUACAAGACAGAUCCAUGAGCAUGAGCAGGAGAACGAGUUGCGGGAACAGAUGUCAGGAUAUAAGCGGAUGCGGCGCCAGCACCAGAAGCAGCUGAUCGCCCUGGAAAACAAGUUGAAGGCCGAGAUGGACGAGCACCGCCUCAAGCUGCAGAAGGAGGUGGAGACACACGCCAACAACUCGUCCAUCGAGCUGGAGAAGCUGGCCAAGAAGCAGGUGGCUGUGAUGGACAAGGAGGCAAAGGCAGCUGCAGCAGAUGAAAAGAAAUUCCAGCAACAGAUUUUGGCUCAGCAAAAGAAAGACCUGGCGACCUUUUUAGAAAGUCAGAAGAAACAAUACAAGCUUUGCAAGGAAAAGAUUAAAGAGGAAAUGAACGAGGACCACAGCACGCCCAAGAAAGAGAAGCAAGAAAGAAUAUCCAAACACAAAGAGAACCUGCAGCACACACAGGCUGAAGAGGAGGCCCAACUUCUCAGCCAGCAGAGACUCUACUACGACAAAAACUGCCGUUCCUUCAAGAGGAAAACGAUGAUCAAGAGGCACGAGAUGGAGCAGCAGAACAUUCGGGAAGAGCUGAACAAGAAGCGGACGCAGAAGGAGAUGGAGCACGCGAUGCUGAUCCGGCACGACGAGUCCACGCGCGAGCUGGAGUACCGGCAGCUGCACACGCUGCAGAAGCUGCGCAUGGACCUGAUCCGGCUGCAGCACCAGACUGAGCUCGAGAACCAGCUGGAGUACAACAAGAGGCGGGAGCGGGAGCUGCACAGGAAGCAUUUCAUGGAGCUCCGGCAGCAACCAAAGAACCUGAAGGCUAUGGAAAUGCAGAUCAAAAAGCAGUUCCAGGACACAUGCAAAGUGCAAACUAAGCAGUACAAAGCACUGAAGAAUCACCAGCUGGAAGUAACUCCAAAGAGUGAGCACAAGACAAUUCUGAAGAGCCUGAAGGACGAGCAGACGCGGAAGCUCGCCAUCCUGGCCGAGCAGUACGAGCAGAGCAUCAACGAGAUGAUGGCCUCGCAGGCGCUACGGCUGGACGAGGCCCAGGAAGCGGAAUGCCAAGCCCUGAGACUGCAACUCCAGCAGGAGAUGGAGCUGCUCAACGCGUACCAGAGCAAAAUUAAGAUGCAGACAGAAGCACAGCACGAAAGGGAACUCCAGAAGCUGGAGCAACGGGUGUCGCUGCGCAGGGCACACCUGGAACAAAAGAUCGAAGAGGAGCUCGCCGCCCUCCAGAAGGAACGCAGCGAGAGGAUCAAGUUUCUGUUGGAAAAGCAGGAGCGAGAGAUUGAGACGUUUGACAUGGAGAGCUUGCGAAUGGGCUUUGGGAAUUUGGUCACAUUAGAGUAUCCCAAGGAGGACUAUAGAUGAUGAGGUUAAAUUUCUUUGCCAUUUAAAAAAACAAAACCGGUAAAAAGCAAACCAAGUAAGGAUAAAACUUGCAAACCCAACAUUCCCCAUGUUGACGGGCGUGCUCUCUCUCUUUCUGUCUCUCUUACUGACAUCGUGUCGGACCAGUGCCUGUAUAUUCUUACUCCAUCAGGGGCCCCUUUCCCCCGUCACGUCCCGGUGCAGGACAGCUCCUGGCAAGUCUUUUCCAUAGUAUGUCACAGUAUUGAUGUCUCUGUGCAAUGAUUAAAAAUGUUUCAGUGAAAACUUUGGAGACAAUUUUAAUGGAGAAAAAAAAAAAACAAAAAAAACACAAAAAAAAACUCAAGUGGAUGUAUGUUGCUUUUGAGCAAUCACUCAUUUUACCACCAAUCAAUGAAAGUAAAAGCAAAAAAAAAUAUUAAUAAUUAAAAGAUAUCUACGAUCCCAGGGGGAGAGAGACUGAAUCCGCAGCCUUACCUUAACUAGCUGCUGCAUAAUUUUAUUUUAUUUUUAUUUUUUUGGUAUUUAUUCAUCAGGAAUAAUUAAAUAAUAA